GCCGGUGUCGGUGGCUCUUGUCGUCACCUUCUCUCCCAACUUCGCUUACAGCGAUCCGAGUACACAAUGGCCGAAGACCACGACUGGACCGAAGACGAGCUUUGUCACCUGCGUGCUCGAGACCUGGAUCGGGCCAACCGUGUUCAGCUGUGGUAUGUCCCUGGCGGCCCCGACAUGGUGGUGAAGUCACUCGACCUUAAUUCGACCGAGCUCGCUAUCCUGAAGGUCCUUCUCGGGCACCGCUCCCCAAACAACCGUACCAUCCCGACGGAAUUGCUCCCCUGCGAACAGACAUGUCUGGCGCUGAUGCCAGCACUCAACCGCACAACCGGCUACGGCAUUUGGUUCUUCUUUGAGAGGAUCAUCCAGUUUACUCAUGAUCUCAUAGAGGGGAUUGAAUUCAUGCAUUCUUUGGGCAUCGCGCAUUGCGAUGUCCACCCGAAUAAUAUUGUGCAGGCUGUUCCCGCCGAGCAAUAUACGCCGUCAGUAGAAGCUGGGCGAAUCUACCUGAUCGAUUUCGGUAUAUCUCGUGUCAUGUCUGCGGCGCCUGCAUCGCUCAGGGACGAGGCCAUCGAGAUCCAAGGCCACUUCACGCCUCCGGAGGGACGCGACGCGGCAGAGCCGUAUUCUUACGAUGUCUACUGUGUAGGAUCCGCCAUUAAAGCUGUCUGUCGAGACACUGCGAACAAUCUCUCAAGGGCCAAUCGUGUACCGCCGUCGAUGCGGGUCUUUGCAGAGGCCUUGACGGUGGUCGAACCAUCUCGCAGGCCAUCGAUACGCCAUGCCAGGAUGAUGUUUUCCCUCCUCCGACGCUGGCUAAUGCUAACUCGUUGGGUCCAUUGGCUUCUCCCAAUUCCGCAUGCGGACCGAGUCGAUUUUUAUGGCUGGGAAUUCAUGUGUCGCAUCGUGCUCUCUGCUGCCAGAAGACCACGCCAGCAGCCCGAGUUCCCUACUCCGGUACAGGACGAGGCCGACUAGACCCCCGCUUAUAUGUGCACUUCUAGUAUAAUCUUAAUAUUGAAUGCGACACCUUCUCUACA